GGAUGGUAUUGACAAUUUAGAUGAUAUGGAUGAUAGUACAGAAGUUCCAACUUUCAUUCCAUACGUAACUCCUAAAACUCCAAAGAAAGCUGCUAGUUCUUUACCAGCUCCUUUGUCUUCUUCAACCUCAACUUCUGUUCCUAUCAACCUUAAUUUAGAAAUUGUUCAAGAGAAUAAUAACAGCAAUAAUAACAUGAAAGUAAAUAAUUUCUCUGAAAAUUUUUCUUCUUCUAAAGAUAAGUUAAAACUCUUGAAUCCUAACGAAUAUCUUGAAGAUGAUGAUAUGGAAGAGGAUUUAAAAGAUUUUACUGUUGUUACUAAAGCUAUUCCUUUUGCAGUUGUUACUAUCAACAAUAUUUUUGCUCAAAAUGAUGACUUUAGAGUAGUAUCAGUACGUUACAUAAAUUUGACGCGUUCUGUGAUUGUCUAUUUUGCAAUGUUAGACGCAGCUGCCACAGCUCUUCAUAUAACCAUUCCUGAUCUCAAGAUCGAAAAUUUCU